AUGAUGCUGAAGCGCUACAAGAUCGUCGGCGAAGAGCGUGAUCGGAGGGAGGGGCGCGUCGAGCUGAUGUCCUACCACCAACACUCCUCACCGUCCAAGGUCAACACGAUCAUCCAGAUUCUGAAAACCGGCGCACACAUCGUAUCACUGGUCAGUGAUGCUGGCACGCCCUCCAUCAGUGACCCUGGGGUACCGCUCAUUACUGAGGCCCACCGACAAAACGUACCGGUGAUCCCCGUCCCUGGGGCCUGUGCUGUGGUGGCUGCGCUGAGCGGGUCCGGAUUCCCAUCGGAGCGCUUCAUCUUUGAGGGAUUCCUCCCGCACGAGCGGUCCAAGCGCAAGAAGCUCCUGGCACUGCUCGCCAAGCAGGAGCGUACCGUGGCCUUUUACGAGUCGCCGCAUAGAAUCGUUCACACGCUGGCGGAUUGCGUGGAGGUGUGGGGACCCGAGCAAGAGGCCUAUCUCGCUCGAGAACUGACGAAGCUGCACGAACAAACCAUGCGCGGGUCGCUGUCCAAGUUGUUGGAGACCAUCACGCAGCAGGGAGGUCGGGGAGAGUUCACCGUCCUAAUCGGACCGCGACCAACCACCGCCGGUGACAAGCGACGAGGCAGCCGCGCGCGCAGACCGCAGGACUUCUCGGACAUGGCGCUCGACGAUGACGACGAGGACGACUAG